AUGGUUACAGAGAGAAGAAGUGUUCUUAGAGGGUGCAUAAGAACCAGUAGAGGGCCAUGGUUGGUUCACAAAACCACCAAAGACGGCAGUGUGGUAACAAGGUUCCGUUAUCCUUCCGAUAGGGAGAGGCAGAAGAACAAGCAAAGAGAGCAAAAACGUCGAGCUGUAGCACACAAGAUCUUUGCUGGACUGAGGGCUCAUGGAAACUAUAAGCUGCCGAAGCAUGCUGACACGAAUGAUCUUCUCAAGGCUUUGUGUGACGAAGCUGGUUGGCGUGUUGAAGAAGAUGGCACCAUUUACAGGAAAGAGAAGGACAUGCCAAGAUUGAUUGAUGUAGAUUCCGCUCAAGUCUCUGUGGAAGAUCAAAUUAAAGAUGGAGACUACUGUAAAUGUGAUGUUGACAUGAAUGUGGCAGAAACUAAGACAUCUCAACCAGGAGGCUCGCUCAUACCAUCUACUGAUGCGUUUAGCGUCAAUUUGAAUUUAUCACUAUCUUCCUAA